UUGGGGUCUAAGAGACGUCAUGUGUACACACCCCCAUCCUCAGAACUUCAUGUUGACAACUAUGCAAAGAUGUUGCAAAUGAAAAAUCGUAUAAAAUAUUGCUCUUUGGCAAUUGCUGCGACCAGGUUGUUUUCGUCUGGACCCGUAAAGAAUCCAGUCGUGUAUUUUGACAUCGCAGCUGACAACGAACCUCUGGGACGAAUCAUUAUAGAGUUGAAUGCAGCUGCUGUGCCCAAAACAGCAGAGAACUUUAGAGCACUGUGCACUGGGAAUGGCUUUGGAUACAAAGGAUCAGUGUUCCACAGAGUGAUUCCUGAGUUCAUGUGUCAGGGAGGAGAUUUCACGCAUCACAAUGGGACUGGAGGGAAGUCCAUAUACGGGACCAAGUUUAAAGACGAGAACUUCAAACUGAAACACAACGGGCCAGGUAUCUUAUCCAUGGCAAAUUCAGGGGCGAACACAAACGGUUCUCAGUUCUUCAUCUGCACAGUUAAAACUGAAUGGUUGAAUGAUAAGCAUGUGGUCUUUGGUCAGGUGAAGGAGGGCAUGGAGGUAGUCUUCAAGAUGGAAUCCUUUGGUUGUCAUGACGGUGGUGUGGUAAAGAAAAUCGCCAUCACGGACUGUGGGGAGAUCAAGUAAAACACACAGACAGACAGGUUGGAGAAGGUCACUGUGGACAACGACUCUUGGAAAGUUUUUUAACUCUUCUGUUUUCCUCACCCAAUUAAAAAAUGACAACCACAAAUACACCAGCUGUCUCUCAUACAUGUAGUCUCUUGUCAGCUGUCUGUCAUACAUGCAGUCUCUUGUCAGCUGUCUCUCAUACAUGUAGUGUCUUGUCAGCUGUCUCUCAUACAUGUAGUCUAUUGUCAGCUGUCUCUCAUACAUGCAGUCUCUUGUCAGCUGUCUCUCAUACAUGUAGUCUCUUGUCAGCUGUCUCUCAUACAUGUAGUCUAUUGUCAGCUGUCUCUCAUACAUGUAGUCUCUCGUCAGCUGUCCGUCAUACAUGUAGUCUCUUGUCAGCUGUCUGUCAUACAUGUAGUCUCUUGUCAGCUGUCUCUCAUACAUGUAGUCUUUUGUCAGCUGUCUGUCAUACAUGUAUUCUCUUGUCAGCUGUCUGUCAUACAUGUAGUCUCUUGUCAGCUGUCCGUCAUACAUGUAGUCUCUUGUCAGCUGUCCGUCAUACAUGUAGUCUCUUGUCAGCUGUCCGUCAUACAUGUAGUCUCUUGUCAGCUGUCCGUCAUACAUGUAGUCUCUUGUCAGCUGUCCGUCAUACAUGUAGUCUCUUGUCAGCUGUCCGUCAUACAUGUAGUCUCUUGUCAGCUGUCCGUCAUACAUGUAGUCUCUUGUCAGCUGUCCGUCAUACAUGUAGUCUUUUGUCAGCUGUCUCUCAUACAUGUAGUCACUUGUCAGCUGUCUCUCAUACAUGUAGUCUCUUGUCAGCUGUCUCUCAUACAUGUAGUCUCUUGUCAGCUGUCUCUCAUACAUGUAGUCAGCUGUCUGUCAUACAUGUAGUCUCUUGUCAGCUGUCUAUCAUACAUGCAGUCACUUGUCAGCUGUCUUAUCAUACAUGUAGUCUCUUGUCAGCUGUCCGUCAUACAUGUAGUCUCUUGUCAGCUGUCCGUCAUACAUGUAGUCUCUUGUCAGCUGUCUCUCAUACAUGUAGUGUCUUGUCAGCUGUCUAUCAUACAUGCAGUCACUUGUCAGCUGUCUCUCAUACAUGUAGUCUCUUGUCAGCUGUCUAUCAUACAUGUAGUCUCUUGUCAGCUGUCUAUCAUACAUGUAGUCUCUUGUCAGCUGUCUCUCAUACAUGUAGUCACUUGUCAGCUGUCCGUCAUACAUGUAGUCUUUUGUCAGCUGUCUCUCAUACAUGUAGUCACUUGUCAGCUGUCUCUCAUACAUGUAGUCUCUUGUCAGCUGUCUCUCAUACAUGUAGUCUCUUGUCAGCUGUCUGUCAUACAUGUAGUCUCUUGUCAGCUGUCCGUCAUACAUGUAGUCUCUUGUCAGCUGUCUCUCAUACAUGUAGUCACUUGUCAGCUGUCUCUCAUACAUGUAGUCUCUUGUCAGCUGUCCGUCAUACAUGUAGUCUCUUGUCAGCUGUCUCUCAUACAUGUAGUCUCUUGUCAGCUGUCCGUCAUACAUGUAGUCAGCUGUCUCUCAUACAUGUAGUCACUUGUCAGCUGUCCGUCAUACAUGUAGUCACUUGUCAGCUGUCCGUCAUACAUGUAGUCUCUUGUCAGCUGUCCGUCAUACAUGUAGUCUUUUGUCAGCUGUCUCUCAUACAUGUAGUCUCUUGUCAGCUGUCCGUCAUACAUGUAGUCUUUUGUCAGCUGUCUCUCAUACAUGUAGUCUCUUGUCAGCUGUCUGUCAUACAUGUAGUCUUUUGUCAGCUGUCUGUCAUACAUGUAGUCACUUGUCAGCUGUCUGUCAUACAUGUAGUCACUUGUCAGCUGUCUGUCAUACAUGUAGUCACUUGUCAGCUGUCUGUCAUACAUGUAGUCUCUUGUCAGCUGUCUGUCAUACAUGUAGUCUCUUGUCAGCUGUCUGUCAUACAUGUAGUCUCUUGUCAGCUGUCUGUCAUACAUGUAGUCUCUUGUCAGCUGUCUGUCAUACAUGUAGUCUCUUGUCAGCUGUCUGUCAUACAUGUAGUCUCUUGUCAGCUGUCUGUCAUACAUGUAGUCUCUUGUCAGCUGUCUGUCAUACAUGUAUUCUCUUGUCAGCUGUCUGUCAUACAUGUAUUCUCUUGUCAGCUGUCUGUCAUACAUGUAGUCACUUGUCAGCUGUCUGUCAUACAUGUAUUCUCUUGUCAGCUGUCCGUCAUACAUGUAGUCUCUUGUCAGCUGUCCGUCAUACAUGUAGUCUUUUGUCAGCUGUCCCUCAUACAUUGUCUUUGGACAAUGUGUUCUCCCUUCACACACACACUUACUCUAUAGCAUUUAUACUGUCUGUACUCAUGACAACUUCUCAUGUUCAUAGCCUGUGCUUUACACAUUCAAGAGUUGUUGUAUGGAGAGGUUUGGACUUUGGAGUAUUUCAACACUGGUACUAAGAUACCUCUGAAAUGGGUGCUUUUUAUUCUAGAUGUCACUAAUAUUUUUCUAAAGAAAAUCAUCUAUAAACUAUUUAAGGCAUGUAUGAUGGACCCGACAUCUAUAGAAUGUAUAAAAUAAUGUUGUACAUUUACUGCCAAAUAAAUCUAUGUUUUUAGAUUUUA